GGGGCCAUGGCGGCGCUGCGGCUGCGGCUGGCCCUGUCGGUGCUGUGGCAGCUGGCGGCCGCCGGCCGCGGGCUGGAGCUGGGCGCGCUGGAGGCGGCGCGGGGCCGGGCGGCGCGGUGCCAGCCCGUGGACAUCCCCAUGUGCCGCGGCAUCGGGUACAACCUGACCCGCAUGCCCAACCUGCUGGGCCACGAGAGCCAGCGCGAGGCUGCGCUGAAGCUGCACGAGUUCGCGCCGCUGGUGGAGUACGGCUGCCACGUCCACCUGCGCUUCUUCCUCUGCUCCCUCUACGCGCCCAUGUGCACCGACCAGGUGAGCGCCAGCAUCCCCGCCUGCCGCCCCAUGUGCGAGCAGGCCCGCCAUAAGUGCGUCCCCAUCAUGGAGCAGUUCAACUUCGGCUGGCCUGAGUCGCUAGACUGCGGCAAGCUGCCCACCAAGAACGACCCCAACGCCCUCUGCAUGGAGGCCCCCGAGAACGCCUCGGCCGCCGAGCCCCACAAGGGCCAGGGCAUGCUGCCUGUGGCACCCCGGCCCUGGCCACCGGGCACUGCCGAGGGCCGGGGCCCCGAUGGGCUGGGGGCCUGUGACAACCCUGAGAAGUUCCAGUACGUGGAGAAGAGCCUCUCCUGUGCGCCCAGGUGCUCCCCCGGGGUGGAUGUCUACUGGUCCCGGGAGGACAAAGACUUUGCCUUCAUCUGGAUGGCUGUCUGGUCUACCCUCUGCUUUGUCUCCACUGCCUUCACCGUGCUCACCUUCCUGCUUGACCCGCACCGCUUCCAGUACCCCGAGAGACCCAUCAUCUUCCUCUCCAUGUGCUACAAUGUCUACUCGGUGGCCUUCAUCAUCCGCUCGGUGGCAGGGGCUGAGAACAUCGCCUGCGACCGGGAGAAUGGGGAGCUCUACAUCAUCCAGGAGGGACUGGAGAGCACGGGCUGCACCAUCGUCUUCCUCAUCCUCUACUACUUCGGCAUGGCCAGCUCGCUCUGGUGGGUCAUCCUCACACUCACCUGGUUCCUGGCUGCUGGGAAGAAGUGGGGACACGAGGCCAUCGAAGCCCACAGCAGCUACUUCCAUAUGGCCGCCUGGGGCAUCCCGGCUAUGAAAACCAUCGUCAUCCUCACCAUGCGGAAGGUGGCAGGGGAUGAACUGACAGGGCUGUGCUACGUGGGGAGCAUGGAUGUCAGCGCCCUGACUGGUUUUGUCCUCAUCCCACUCUCCUGCUACCUGGUCAUCGGCACCUCCUUCAUCCUUACAGGCUUUGUUGCCCUCUUCCAUAUCCGGAAGAUCAUGAAGACAGGCGGUACCAACACAGAGAAGCUGGAGAAGCUGAUGGUGAAGAUCGGUGUCUUCUCUAUCCUCUACACUGUACCGGCCACCUGCGUCAUUGUCUGCUACUUCUAUGAGCGGCUGAACAUGGAUUACUGGAACCUCAGGGCCCUGGAGCGUGGCUGCGUGCCCCUUCCUGGCCGGCGUGCAGCCAACUGUUCCUUGGAGGCCUCGGUGCCCACCGUGGCCGUCUUUAUGCUAAAGAUUUUCAUGUCACUGGUGGUGGGCAUCACCAGUGGGGUGUGGGUAUGGAGCUCCAAGACGCUGCAGACCUGGCAGAGCCUGUGCAACAGGAAGCUGGGCAUGAGGACUAGGGGCAAGCCCUGCAGUGGGGUCAGCUGCAGCGGGGUGCACUGCCACUACAAAGCCCCAACGGUCAUGCUGCAUAUGACCAAAACAGACCCGUAUCUGGACAACCCAACGCACGUCUAGAGCAGGGUCUGCCUCUCCCUGGGGACGGCAUGCUGGGAGAGCGAGUGUCACGGGUAAGGGACGGGGGAGUGCAGUGGAGCCUCCCGGGAGUCCGCUCUGGAGCGGGAGCCACCGGGUGCAGGGAAGGGGCGAGGGCAAAGGCGGAGUGGCAGGAGAGUGAAUGCACACUGGUUUGGGGGUGACGAGGUCCGCGGGACCCAAAGGGAGCUCCCCGGGCACCACUCGACCCUGACAAGUAGCUGCUUUUUCCUAGAGAUUGUUUUGUUUUUGUUGCUGUUGCCAAAUCCAGUGACUGUUCUAACGCUUUCUUUGGGGGGGGGGUGGAGGGGAGGGCAGCAGGGGCCGGGGCAGGAAGGGGAAUAAUCCAGUUUGUGUUUAUUUAAUUCUGUAAUUUAUUUUAGUUUUUUUUUUUUUUUUUUUUUUUUUUUAAAUCAUUAGCUGCAAGGAAUGGAAAAAACAAUAAACCCUGGAUGUGUUAUUUCAAA